AUGUCGAAUGCAAAUACUAUGAGCUGCCUAUGGAAAGAAUCUAAAGAUGCUAAGCCAUAUGUCAACAGAGUCCCCAUCCCAACUGUUGAAGAAGGUCAACUAUUAAUCAGAAUGGAUUAUGCACCAAUCAAUCCAUCAGACAUUAAAUUUCUUUUAGGACAGUCUUCAUCCAACAAACAAUUUCCUUGUGUCGCAGGAUUCGAGGGUUCUGGUACAGUAGUACUGACAGGUGGAGGAAUUGCCAGUUGGGGUAUGUCUGGAAAAAGAGUGGCAUUUUACACAAAUCAUGAAUAUGGAACAUACGGAGAAUAUUGCAUAGCAGACACAAAUUUGUGUAUAGAGUUAGACAAUGACAUUGAAUCAAGUUAAGCUGCUUGUUCAUUUGUGAAUCCAUUAUCUGCCAUAGGGAUGCUGGAUAUUUGCAAGAAAAACAAUGCAAAGGCUGUCAUUAAUAAUCCAGGUGCUUCAUAAUUAGGAAAAAUGAUGAAUAGACUAUUUAAUGAAAGAAACAUAAAGGUGAUCAACAUUGUCAGGAGAGAAGAAUAAGUUUAUGAAUUAAGAUAUGAAUGUGGGGCCGAAUUAAUUAUCAAUCAAAAUGAUCCAGAUUUCCUUAAGCAAUUAAAAAUUAUGUGUGAAACUACUUAAGCAUCCAUAUACUUUGAUGCUGUUGGAGGAGAAUAGAGUGGAUAGAUUUUAAACAUUAUGCCUAAAGGAUCCACACUGAUGAUGUAUGGAACUCUUGAUAGCUGGUAAAUUGGAGGAAUUUAAGCUAAUGAUUUAUUAAGUGAUAAAAAAUCAAUCUAGGGAUUCUUUUUAAAUGUCUGGUUAAAAGAAUAAAACAAAUUAGAAUUAAUUAUGACAUUAAAAAAGUUGAAGAAUUUUAUAAAGACUUCAUUGAAAACUAAAAUUGCAAAAGAAUUUCCUUUGGAUUAAUUUUAAUAGGCAAUUGAUUAUUAUAAAACACAUAUGACAGAGGGAAAAACAUUAAUUUGUUUGAAAAAAACAAUUUAAUCAAAUUAAGAUAACUCAAAUUAAAAAUAGGCAUAGUCAUAAAAUGAAGAAUAAUUAAGUUAACAGAAGGAAUAGAAUAAAGUAUAAUAAUAAUAACAAUAAUAAUAAUAAUAAUAAUAAUAAUAAUAAUAAUAAUAAUAAUAACAAUUAAUAAUAAUAAUAAUAACAAUAAUAAUAAUAAUAAGAAGAAUAACAUUAAUAAUUAGAAUAACAUUAAUAAGAAUAAGAAUAGCUUUAAUAAUAAUAAAAACCUAAUGA